AUGCACCUGCUCAUCCUUCUUAUCGCACAAGCAUCGAUUUCUUUAGGCCUAAUCCACCCUGAACAAAUUCACUUAUCUUGGACUUCAGAGCCCAACCAAAUCCGCGUGACCUGGGUAACCUACCUUUCAGCAUUCCCAAAAGCCUAUUAUCGUCCAAUCCUCUGUGGAAAUGUCCCUUCCCCUUCUAAUUUUACAGCUGUUGCAGCUCAAAGCACGAAAUUUUUACAAGGAAAUACGACCCACAACCAUUACCAAUUUAUUCAUACUGCUUUAUUUACAGAUCUUAUUCCUGCCUGCUGGUAUGAAUACCAAGUCAGUAACACUGGAGUUAAAUCGAAAACUUAUAUUUUCAGUGGAAGAACUCCAGAUAAUUCUACAACUUUUUAUGAUGUAGAUAACGCAAUUUCUAUGGUGAUUCUGGGAGACUGGGGAUCUGGACAUAUUGGGCAUUUUACGAAAUAUUUAUUGGAAGAAGAGUCGAAGUCUAGGAAUUAUUUAGGCAUUUUGCAUAUGGGGGACAUUGCAUAUGACCUAGACACUGAUAAUGGAAAAAUCGGAGACGAUUAUUUGAAUAUGGUCGAACCAAUUGUUGCGAGUUUUCCUUAUAUGGUAGAACCAGGAAACCACGAGAGUUUUAACAACUAUAGCCACUACAAGUCAAGAUUUAAUAUGCCUCAUAAUGGUGAUAACCAAGGAACUGGCUAUUUUUAUUCCUUAAACCUUGGCCCAGUCCAUUUUGUAUUAAUAAACUCAAAUUCUUAUUUUCACAGCUCUUAUCAGACUGAAGCUGAAGUCCAAACUCAAUGACUCAGUAAUGAUUUAGCCCUUGCCAAUCAAAAUAGAGAAAUUAGGCCCUGGAUAGUUGUCCUUAUGCAUCAUCCACUGUACUGUUCUCAACAAUUAAAUGAUAGUUCUAUAAUGGACAAUUGUGCAAACCAACCAGCCGUAAUUAGACCAAUACUAGAAGAUAUUUUCUAUAAUAACAGCGUAGACCUUGUACUCCAAGGCCACGUCCAUAACUAUGAAAGAGACGCUGCCAUCUAUAAAAAUCUGACGGUUAACAGUGAAUUUGAUAGCCAAAAUAUGCAUGUUAAUGCAAAUGCACCGAUUUAUAUAGAAAGUGGAGGAGCAGGGAAUUAUGAGAAAAAUAAUCCGGUUUCUAACACCCCAGCACCUUAUGCGAGGUAUCUAAGCAGUGAUUAUGGCUAUGGGAGACUAACUGCUUUUAACACCACCCAUAUGUAUUGGGAACAAUUCAGUUCUCAAGCAUUGACUGAGAUUGACUGUGUUUGGAUCAUCAAGGACAGGCCAAGAUAUUAA